GCUGGUUGACUGCACGCUUUAUCGGAAGUGGGUUCGUGCGGGAGGCUGGUUCAUUCUGCUUUUCUGUUUCAAGAUUCACCGUUGUUUGCAUCGUCUCCAAAAAGUUCUCCGUAUCAUUGGUUGGGGCAUCCAUUCUCAAGUGCAAGGCUAGCCGGAACUAGGUUAUGCCGUAGAAUUUGGCGGCUAACCUCACUUCAUCGUCAUGGCGGACAAGGAAAGCGGUUCCGAGCAGGAUGAUGUUUCUUUCUUACGAACGGAAGACAAUGUGUGCCUGUCGUGCACUGCCACAGGCGAGAGAGUCUGUCUGGCCGCCGAAGGAUUUGGAAAUCGGCAUUGCUUUCUGGAGAACAUCGCCGAUAAGAAUGCUCCACCGGAUUUAUCACAAUGUGUCUUCGUCAUCGAACAGGCUCUUUCCGUUCGAGCUCUCCAAGAACUUGUCACUGCAGCUUCCUCUGAAUCGGGCGGAGGAUCCAUUGGGACGGGCACGGGUUCUGGUCAUAGGACUUUACUUUAUGGUAACGCAGUUUUGCUGAGACAUCUCAACAGUAACAUGUAUUUGGCCUGCCUUUCUACCAGCUCAUCAAAUGAUAAAUUAGCUUUUGAUGUUGGUUUGCAAGAGCAAUCACAAGGUGAGGCGUGUUGGUGGACACUUCAUCCAGCUUCCAAGCAGCGCUCAGAAGGUGAAAAAGUUCGAGUUGGUGACGAUUUAAUUUUAGUUUCAGUCGCCACUGAGCGUUACCUGCACACCACCAAAGAGAAAGAUGUAUCUAUUGUCAACGCCUCCUUCCACGUUACCCACUGGUCUGUGGCUCCUUUUGGAACGGGAUUAAGUCGCGUCAAGAACGUUGGGUUUCUAUUUGGUGGUGAAGUUUUACGCUUUUUUCAUGGAGGAGAUGAGUGUCUCACGAUUCCCUCUUCGUGGUCAGAGCAGCCCGGACAGAAUAUAGUGGUUUAUGAAGGAGGUGACGUAGUACUUCAAGCUCGAUCUUUGUGGCGGUUGGAAUUGGCUCGCACAAAGUGGGCAGGAGGAUUCAUUAAUUGGCUUCAUCCCAUGCGCAUACGUCACAUCACUACAGGCCGUUAUCUUUGCAUUAACGAGAACAAAGACCUCUGUCUUCUUCCCAGGAAUCAAGCCAACCUGGCAGUCAGUGCUUUUUACCUGCGCAAGGAAAAGGACGACGAGAAGAAGAUCUUAGAGGACAAAGAUUUAGAAGUGUUAGGUUCUCCUAUUAUCAAGUACGGUGACAGCACCGUUAUAGUUCAACAUGUUGAAACUGGUCUAUGGCUUUCGUAUAAGGCAUUCGAAACAAAGAAGAAAGGUGUUGGCAAAGUCGAGGAAAAACAAGCCGUUUUGCAUGAGGAAGGCAAAAUGGACGAUGGACUCGAGUUCAGUCGCAGUCAAGAAGAAGAAUCGCGCACAGCUAGGGUGAUCCGAAAAUGCAGUUCGCUCUUUAACCGAUUUAUCACAGGAUUGGAUGCGCUAGCAAAUGAUCAUCAACACAUGACAUUUUUCGAGAAUGUUAACCUUGGUGAAAUGGUUAAAUGUCUAGAAGACUUGAUCGACUAUUUUGCUCAACCGGAAGAGAAUAUAGAACAUGAGGAGAAGCAAUUAAAAUUACGAGCUCUACGUAACCGACAAGAUUUAUUUCAAGAAGAAGGCAUUCUCAACCUCAUCUUGGACGCCAUUGAUAAACUUACAACGAUUACAGGUCAAGGAUACAUGGUAGCACUAGCUGGAGAAGCUGCUGGCCAGAACUUAGAAAGCAUAUCUGCUUACCUUUACCAGCUGCUAGCCGCCAUAAUCAGAGGAAAUCACACGAACUGUGCUCAGUUCGCUCAGUCACACCGAUUGAACUGGCUGUUCAGUCGACUGGGCUCACAAGCGUCCGGAGAAGGCACUGGGAUGUUAGAUGUACUUCAUUGCAUCCUUAUUGAUUCACCAGAAGCCUUGAACAUGAUGAGGGAAGAGCACAUCAAAGUCAUUAUAUCUCUUCUUGAGAAACACGGAAGAGAUCCCAAAGUCCUGGAUGUUUUAUGUUCCUUGUGCGUCGGUAACGGCGUGGCUGUCCGCAGCUCACAGAACAAUAUCGCCGACUAUCUGUUGCCUGGUCGUAAUUUGUUGCUGCAGACACAACUGGUUGAUCAUGUGUCUAGCAUUCGCCCGAACAUUUACGUCGGAAAGGUCGUCAAUUCUGCUGUCUUUCUCAAAUGGUACUUUGAGCUAACCGUUGAUCAUGUGGAGGUGACCACACAUCUUAUGCCACAUUUACGUGUUGGAUGGGCCAAAUUACCUGGGUAUGUGGCUUACCCCGGAGGAGGAGAGAAGUGGGGUGGUAAUGGCGUAGGAGACGAUUUGUAUUCCUACGGAUUUGAUGGAGCUCAGUUGUGGACAGGUGGCAGAAGCACAGUUGUACAUGCCGGAAUGACGGAGCCUUACAUCCGGAAAGGAGAUGUUAUCGGUUGCGCUCUAGACCUUACCGUACCGAUUAUGAAUUUCUAUUUGAACGGCGUUAAAGUCAAAGGCAACUUUAAGAAUAUGAAUUUGGACGGUAUGUUCUUCCCCGUGGUCAGUUGCUCCGCACGAGUAAGUUGCCGAUUCUUAUUUGGAGGUGAACAUGGUCGCUUACGGUUCCCUUCACCGUAUGGUUUUUCGCCUCUGUACGAAUGCCUGUUACCCACUCAGACUUUAGCUCUUGAUCCUUGUUUCCACUUUGGAGAUUUAACUAAGAGCACAUUGGCAGGACCUCUUGAAGUACUGAAUGACACGGCUUUUGUGCCACAACCUGUUGACACGUCAAUGAUUGCCCUGCCUGCUUAUAUUGAAACGAUUCGUGAUCGAUUGGCCGAAAACAUCCAUGAAAUCUGGGCAAUGAACAAAAUCGAAGAGGGUUGGGUGUUUGGUGAAAGACGAGACGAUUUGCACAAAAUCCAUCCUUGUCUGACUCCGUUUGAAAGAUUGCCACCAGCUGAGAAGCGCUACGAUACUCAGCUAGCUUUGCAGACACUCAAGACGAUUCUUGCUCUCGGCUAUCACAUUACUAUGGACAAGCCACCAUCGCGUAUUAAAACAGUGCGGUUGCCAAAUGAUCCAUUCGCCCAGUCAAACGGCUACAAACCCGCCCCACUGGAUUUAGCCAAUAUUACGCUCAGUGGCAAGUUGGAGGAACUCAUUGAUCAAUUGGCAGAAAAUACACACAAUGUCUGGGCAAAGGAACGUAUUACGCAGGGAUGGACUUACGGGCUCAACGAGGAUCCCGAUAAUAAAAGAAGCCCCCAUUUGGUUCCCUAUUCUAACGUUGACGAUAUCAUUAAGAAAGCCAACAGAGAUACCGCAAGUGAGACGGUUCGCACUUUGCUUGUUUAUGGCUACGUUUUGGAGCCGCCUACGGGAGAGCCACACGAAACUGCGGUAGUUAGCGGUUCGGUAGGUUCCAAAAAUCCCGAAUACCGAACGUAUCGGGCAGAGAAAACUUAUGCUGUAACCUCUGGAAAAUGGUAUUUCGAAUUCGAAGUUCUAACGUCUGGUCCCAUGCGAGUCGGUUGGGCUAGGGCUGAUGCCAAAGCUGGUUACCAACUCGGCCAGGACGAUUGCAGUUGGGCGUUUGACGGCUGGAGGGAGGAGAAAUUUUAUCUCGGAACAGGCGAAUCUUUCGGCAAACAAUGGUCAGCUGGGGAUUGCGUCGGAGUCUUCCUCGAUUUAGUGGAUCGCACUGUCAGUUUCUCUCUUAAUGGCGACUUGCUCAUGGAUUCCAUGGGAAGUGAAACGGCUUUUACGGAUAUUCAAGGCGAAGAAUUUAUUCCAGCUUUCACAUUGGGAGUUGGACAGAGGGCAAGGCUUGUUUUUGGACAAGAUGUUAAUGCACUCAAGUACUUUACCUCCUGUGGACUCCAAGAAGGAUACGAGCCAUUCUGCGUAAAUAUGAGUCGGCAAAUGACCUAUUGGUACACCCGCGAUCAACCCAUUUUCGAGAAUAAUGACGAUUUUGCGGACUCGCCCAUAGAAGUGACGCGUAUUCCGGGCGGAUCAGAUUCUCCUCCUUGCAUGAAAAUUUCUCACAAGGAAUUUGAAACAAUGGAAAAGGCCAACUGGGAAUUUCUACGCUUGUCUUUGCCAGUUACCUUUCACGAUUCCUUCAUUUCGGAACAGGAGAAAGUUCGUCGCUGGCAAGAAAUUCGUCUACGUCAAAACCGCCUUCGAGCCGAUAAUGUAACGCGAAAUGCCACGUUAGAGCAAAGUAUGUUGAAAUCCGGAUUCACCAUGUCGGAUAUAAAUGAGCUUCAGUAUGGUUAUGAUUCAGAAGAGCAACGCAGAGGACAGCAAGCCGGAAAUAGACCACCGGUUCCGGAACGCCAUGGCCGUCUGCGUAGCAUAGACUACAACACAAAUGGCCACGACGUUAACGGUCAUGCAAGCGAUACCAGUCCAAGCAAAGGAAUAUUGCGUGCAACUAGUGAAUUACCUAUUGGUAGACAAGCUCGUGAAAACGAUCGCAAGGCCCGAACUCCUGACGUGAGCGGGGAAUCCAAAGAGGACAAAAAGAAGCGUGGAAAAUCGCCAUUCGCUUUCUUUACGCGCCUACGAGAUGCUAGCACUGAGCGACGAAACAAAGCCAAGACUCCCGAACCUGGGAUAGCCUCCCGUGAUGCACCACAGAAACCAGAAACUUCUCGAACGAAGAAUGUUGCAUCCAAGAACGUUAAUAAUGUUCGGCUAGCUCCGAAUGAUCUGAAGGUGAUUCCUCCCGCAAUUCCUGAUCGGCGGCCAUCUAGACAAGGGUCAAGUCCUAUGAUACAGCCAAGAGGAAUAUUGGGAGGUGAAGGCGAGGAUUUCGACCCGUUGGAUGUUGAAUGCAUGCGUCUCAUCAACGAAUAUUUCUACGGCGUACGAAUUUUCCCCGGUCAGGAUCCCACUCAUGUCUAUGUUGGUUGGGUCACGACCAAUUUCCACUUGCAAGAUAAAACGUUCGAUCAGUCCAAAGACAGAAAAGUUCUCGUUUCGAGAGUGGAUGAUGCAGAUCGUGUUCUGGAAAGUGUUGACCGCCACAGCUGCUACAUGCUACGUGCGGACGAGCUAUAUAACGAAGUGACUCAAGAUGUGGCCAGCAAAGGAGCAUCCCAAGGAAUGUUUAUUGGAUGCUUCAUCGACACAGCCACAGGAUGGAUUAGUUUUACGUGCGAAGGAAAGGAAACGAAACAUCGUUACAAGAUGGAGGUAGGAACCAAACUCUUUCCUGCAAUCUUUGUCGAAGCUACCAGCAAGGAAGUGCUACAGUUCGAACUUGGCCGAACUCCUACCACGUUGCCUCUUUCAGCUGCAGUUCUGCAGAAUUCAGAAAAGCAUGUUGUACCUCAGUUUCCUCCUCGUCUGAAAGUCCAAAUCUUGAAACCACAUCAGUGGUCCAGAGUUCCUAACCAAUCUCUUAAGGUUCAUGCUUUGAAAUUAUCCGAUCUUCGAGGCUGGAGUAUGUUGUGUGAAGAUCCUGUUUCUAUGCUGGCCGUUCAUAUACCGGAGGAGGACAGAUGUAUCGACGUUCUUGAGUUGAUCGAACACGAACGUCUCCUCAGUUUCCACGCACACACGUUGCAGCUAUAUUCAGCUCUGUGCUUCCAAUCCAACUUCCGUGCAGCUCACACUCUCUGCUCGUAUGUGGAUCAAAAGCAGUUGCUGUAUGCCAUACAGUCGGAGUAUCUUUCGGGACCGUUGCGAGCCGGCUUCUCCGAUUUACUUAUCGCCCUGCAUAUUGAAUCACAUGCCAAAACGAUGGAAGUAACUCAGAACGAGUACAUUAUUCCAAUGAGCAAUGAACUUAGGGAAUUGUAUUCCGAUCCCGAAAUGACCCACAGUUUGAGCUCGUUGCGCGUCGAAUCUAUUCGGCCCCAAAUGACUACGACCGAUAUUCAAGAGCACAUCGAAACUAUAAAGGAUUUAAGCACACCGUACUUCCCAUUGGAAGUAGUCAAAGUGUUUGCUAUACACGCUUUACAACUUGCCGUUCAAUUGAAUCAAGUUCAUAACCGUGAUCCAAUCGGUGGAAGUAACGAGAAUCUCUUUGUUCCCCUUCUAAAACUCAUCGACAAACUGCUACUCGUCGGCAUUAUGGAGGAUGACGAUAUACCUCCUUUGUUAAUGCUGAUUGAUCCUGAAACUUGGGACCCAACUUUCGAUCCUCUGGGAAAAGAUGAACAUCGUAAGGGACUACUACAAAUGCCCCUAGCAGAAGGUGUUAAACUGCAAAUGUGUUGUUUGCUACAUCAUUUACUGGAUAACCAGCUUCGUCACCGCGUCGAGGCGAUAGUCAAUUUCAGCCACGAUUUUGUUGGUGAAAUUCAAUCUGAUCAGUUGCGACGUUACAUCGAGAUCAAGCAGUCUGACUUACCGUCAGCCAUAGCUGCCAAGAAGACACGUGAGUUCCGUUGCCCGCCUGUCCAACAAAUGAAUGCCAUUUUGGGAUUCAAAAAUUUGCCUGAGGAGGAAAGAGAAAACUGCCCUUGUAACGAAGAACUAGCACAAAUCCAGACGGGCUUUCACGAAUCUUUCACGUCCAAAUUGCUACACAAAAUGGCUGAAGAAGAAUUGACCCCGGAAGAGCCUCCUAAAGAGGAAACUAAACAUGGCCUCGUCAACCGCAUGAUGACCGCAAUAACAUUAGCAAAGAAGAAUGAGGAAGAAGUUAUAGCCAAGGAAAACGUUAAAUCCCGUGAACAAAUCUUUCGCAAAGUGCUGAUUAAAACUAUUAUUUCUUGGGCAGAGGAAUCGGUUAUCGAAAGCUAUAAACUUGUCCGAGAAAUGUUCCGCUUGCUCCUACGCCAAUACGAUGGCAUAGGAGAAGCGAUGAGGGCCUUGCAGAAAACGUACGUCAUAAACAGCCGCACAACAAAGGAUGUGCAAGAACUAUGGAUUGGUUUGAGUCGUAUCCGUGGCCUGCUGCCUGUCCAGAUGUCGCAAGAAGAAGAAGAGUUAAUGCGAGAGCUCUUGUGGAAAAUGGUUAAUAAUCACUCCUUCUUUCAACAUCCUGAUCUUAUGCGCAAUCUCCGUGUCCACGAGAACGUCAUGGCCAUUAUGAUGAAUACUUUAGGCCGCCGAGCCCAAGCUCAGUCAGACGCACAGACCCAGGCCCAAGUUCAAGCUUCGGGUGGAGAAGAGUUGAUGCCUAAGGAGAAGGACACUUCACACGAAAUGGUCGUAGCCUGCUGUCGUUUCCUUUGCUACUUCUGUCGAACGUCUCGCGCCAAUCAGAAAACGAUGUUUGAGCACUUGUCUUUCCUUCUAGAAAAUUCAAAUAUUCUUUUGUCUAGACCUUCGUUGCGAGGCAGUACUCCAUUGGAUGUAGCCUAUUCGUCAGUAAUGGACAACACUGAAUUAGCGCUGGCUUUGCGAGAGCACUAUCUCGAAAAGAUUGCCAUCUAUUUGUCACGUUGCGGUUUACAGUCCAAUACGGAACUCAUGGAGCGCGGUUAUCCUGAUUUGGGCUGGGAUCCAGUCGAAGGUGAACGCUAUUUGGACUUUUUACGAUUCUGUGUCUGGGUCAAUGGAGAAAGUGUCGAAGAAAACGCAAAUUUGGUUAUCCGACUCUUGAUUCGCCGCCCUGAAUGUCUCGGCCCCGCUCUACGCGGUGAAGGAGACGGUCUUCUAACAGCCAUUACAGAUGCCAAUAAAAUGUCGGAACGUAUUCAAAUACAGAAGGCACUUCAUUCGGGAACUGGAGCACUAACAAUCCCUGGGCUGAAUCACCCAAUGCCACAAGGUGAUGACGAUGAAGAUUUUAUCGACAUAGGAGCAGCUAUUCUCAGCUUCUAUUGCACUUUGGUCGAUUUACUUGGACGAUGUGCACCCGCUGAGGCGGUCAUUGCCCAAGGAAAGAAUGAAUCUCUUCGUGCUCGGGCAAUUUUGCGUUCGUUGGUACCACUGGAAGAUCUUGAAGGAGUCCUAAGUCUGCGUUUUACUCUACAAAAUCAUGGAUCAGAAGAAGGUGCCUCUGAUCUACCUUCGGGUCUCAUUCCCGGUCACAAACAGAGCGUCGUUAUUUUCCUGGAACGUGUUUAUGGUAUAGAAGAUAUCGAACUUUUCUUCCGUCUUUUGGAGGAAGCUUUCUUGCCGGAUUUACGAGCAGCAACCAUUCUGGAAAAAACGGAUGGAGGCGAAUCAGACAUGGCUCUUGCUCUUAACCGUUAUAUCGGAAACUCCAUCUUGCCCUUAUUGAUUACGCAUUCUCGCUUCUACGCUGAAGCUGAAAAUCACGCCAGCGUUUUGGACGCCACUCUCCAUACCGUGUACCGACUUUCUAAAAACAAGAUGUUAACUAAAGGCCAACGCGAAGCUGUUUCCGAUUUCCUAGUUGCACUUACCAGAGAGUUACAGCCCAAUAUGCUCUUGAAGCUUUUGAGGAAACUAACGGUCGACGUUUCUCGAUUGUCCGAAUAUACUACAGUGGCGCUCAGACUUUUGACUCUUCAUUACGAAAGAUGUGGCAAAUACUACGGGGCAGUUGGUGGUCAAGGCAGUUAUGGCUCUGCAAGCGACGAAGAAAAACGACUUACCAUGAUGCUCUUCUCUAACAUCUUUGAUUCUCUCUCCAAGAUGGAAUACGACCCAGAACUAUUUGGAAAGGCUUUACCUUGCUUGACGGCGAUUGGUUGUGCUCUUCCUCCUGAUUACGCGUUAGCUACAAAUAUGGAAGAUGAGUGGUAUAAAUCGGCACCAUCAGAUUCUAAUGGCCCUUAUGAUCCUCAGCCAAUUAACACAACAAAAGUUUCCUUGAACACUGAGCUUACUAACCUAGUGCAGAAGUUUUCUGAGCAUUAUCACGAUGCUUGGGCUAAACGAAAGAUUGAAAAUGGCUGGAAUUUUGGUGACGCCUGGUCGGACGAGACAAAAUCCCACCCUCGAUUGAAGCCACCACAUAUGUUGACGGAUUACGAACGAGAGCGAUAUCGAGAACCUAUUAGGGACUCCUUGAAAGCAUUGUUGGCUUUAGGCUGGAGUAUUGAAUUUGCAGACUACGAUGCCGCCAAUAGCAAUAGAAAUAGCAUGAGACGCUCGAGCACGGACGGCGGAACAACGCCAUACAAUUACAAUCCUAACCCGGUGGAUAUGGCCAAUCUCACGUUAAGCAGAGAAAUGCAAAAUAUGGCCGAGCGCUUAGCAGAGAAUUCGCAUGACAUUUGGGCGAAAAAGAAGAAAGAAGAAAUGGCAUCUUCUGGUGGAGGUUUGCAUCCCCAAAUGGUUCCGUACGACCUGUUAACCGACAAGGAAAAACGGAAGGAUCGUGAACGCACUCAAGAGUUACUGAAAUAUCUCCAGUUUAUGGGCUACAAAUUGCAUAGCCCAGGGCCCACUUCAUUCUCUAGAAUGGGAAAAUCGCAGAUUCAACAGAAUCCAGACGCGGUUGCAUUGGAAGGUGAAACCACGUCCUCUAGCGAUCGACGAUUUGCUUACAGUCUUUUGGAGAAACUGAUCCAAUACUUGGACAUUGCUGCCUUCAAUAUGAAGCAUCUACGACCAAGCACAAACUACAGUCGAAGAAGCAGCUUCAAAACUUCAACUCGUGACGUCAAAUUCUUCUCCAAAGUUGUGCUCCCGUUAAUGGAAAAAUACUUUAGCACUCAUCGCCAUUACUUUAUAAGCGUUGCUACUGCCACUAGCAGCAUAGGUGCUGCCUCAAUGAAAGAAAAGGAAAUGGUGGCCAGCCUGUUUUGCAAGCUAGCCUCUCUCUUGCGCUAUAAGUUUUCAGCCUUUGGCUCAGAUACGCGCAUUGCUGUUCGUUGCUUACAAGUACUGGUGCGCGCAACCGACGCCAAAUCUCUAGUCAAGAACUGUUAUGAGUUUAUCCGCACUUCAAUGUUGAUGUUUUUCAAUAACGCUGCUGACGACUUGAGCCAAUGUCUGAGUAAUUUAUACGAGAUGAAAUACAAUCUGCUUCGAGGGACUCAUUUGAAGACAUCUUCAUCCCUCACCUACGUCCAAAUGGUUCUACUGCCCGUUUUGACUGCUCUGUUUGAUCACCUGUCUGUUUACGAGUUUGGCAGUGAUCUUUUACUCGAUGACAUACAAGUCGCCUGCUAUAAGAUCUUAAAUAACUUGUACACGUUUGGAACCGACUCGUCUGUUUACAAGGACAGGAAAUUCAUCAAGAUUGAAAUCGAUCGCCAUCGACCGUCAAUUGGUAGCUGCCUGGGUGCCUUCGCUUCGACAUUUCCUGUUGCCUUCCUUGAACCACAUCUGAAUAACCACAACCCUUCUUGCAUUCACGGCAAACUUCAAGAAUCCUCUCUUGAAGCUCAAGAUGUUAUGUCAAAACUAGAAUCUAGCAUGCCAACGCUAGAGACUCUUUUAGCUCAAGUGGAACAAUAUGUUGCCUCUGAGAAAGCGUACGCAGAAGCUCCUCACGUUAUCGACGUUAUGUUGCCUAUGCUCUGUUCGUAUUUACCAUUCUGGUGGGGUCAGGGUCCUGACAAUCAAGACCCUGUUGGAGGAAAUCAUAUUACGAUGGUAACCAGUGAUCACAUGAAUCAACUUUUGAAGAAUGUGCUCAAUUUGAUCAAAGCCCAUAUUGGUUCCGAAUUGGCUCCUUGGAUGACUCGCAUCGCUGGAUUCACCCAACAAAUUAUUAUCAACACCUCAGAAGAGCUUCUCAAGGAUCCUUUCCUACCCCUUGCUCAAAAGAUUCGUAAACGAACUGAACAGAUGUUCCACAAAGAAGAGACGCUGCGUGGUUUCUUGAAAUCGACCACGGAGGACACCUCCCAGGUUGAAGGCCAGUUGCAAAGCGACUGGUACCUCUUGGUCAGAGACAUUUACGCCUUCUAUCCGCUACUGAUCAAGUACGUCGACCUCCAAAGAAAUCACUGGCUGAGGCACGAUGUUGCGGAAGGAGAAGAGCUCUAUGCCCAUGUCGCUGAGAUCUUUAACAUGUGGUCGAAUUCCCAGUAUUUUGGAAAAGAAGAGCAAAACUUCAUCUCUGCCAACGAGAUUGAUAACAUGACUCUUAUCAUGCCUACCUCGGCCAGCAGGAAAGCCACUGUUGUUACAGAUCAGACCCCUGCCGGUGCGUCGGGAAAAGUCAAAAAGAAGAAAUCACGUGACCGCAAGCGUGAUAAGGACAAGGAAAUAGCGGCAUCUCUAAUGGUGGCUUGCUUGAAGCGUCUUUUGCCUGUAGGAUUAAAUCUCUUCCCUGGCCGAGAACAAGAACUUGUCCAACAUUGCAAAGAUCGUUUCCUGAAAAAGGUAGUCGAGCGUGAAAUUGUGGAUUUUGCGAAGACGCAACUAACUCUUCCGGACAAAAUCGACCCAUCAGACGCCAUGUCGUGGCAGCACUAUUUAUACUCGAAAUUAGGGUCUAAAAAGCCAAGCCCCGCUAUUACAGGCGCGACCGAUUCAUCAAAGAAGAAUGCCAAUCAUCAAGCUAUUUUAGACGAAUUGGUUGAACGGAUUGUAGCGAUGGCCAAAGUUUUGUAUGGCCUGCACAUGAUUGAUCACCCACAGCAGCAACAAAAGGACGCCUGGCGUUCUGUGGUUUCUUCUCAAAGAAAGCGCGCCGUCAUUGCCUGUUUUCAACAAAAAUCUCUUCACUCUUUACCUAGACAUAAAGCCAUCAACAUAUUCUUGCGAACCUAUCAAGAGCUUUGGCUAGCGGACGAAAAUGUUGGCCAAGAAGUCAUCAUCGAAGAUUUGACCCAAUCGUUUGAGGAUGCUGAAUUGAAGAAGAAAGAUGUGCAAGAAGAGGAAGGUAAACCUGAUCCUCUGCUACAACUUGUGACGACUUUUAAUCGAGGCGCGACUACCGAACGAGCGGGAACUACCUUUGAGGAUGAGCUUUACAUGGCCUAUGCCGUGAUCAUGUCUAAGUCUUGUGGUGAGGAGGAAGAAGAGGAGGAGGAAGGCGGAGAUGAAGAAGGCGGGGCCUCUAUUCACGAACAAGAGAUGGAAAAGCAAAAACUGUUGUUUCACCAAUCCCGACUGGCUUCUCGCGGUGUCUACGAAAUGGUGUUGCAGUUUAUUUCAGCCGCCAAGGGCGCUCAAUCGGACAUGGUGAUGAAUACGCUAGAGCUCGGCAUUUCCAUCCUCCGAGGUGGCAAUGUCGACAUUCAAAUGCAAAUGUUGAAUUACCUAAAAGAGAAAAAGGAUGCUGGCUUUUUCACCUCCAUUGCUGGACUGAUGAAUUCCUGCAGCGUUUUAGAUUUGGACGCCUUUGAGCGCAACACGAAAGCAGAAGGACUCGGAGUCGGGGCGGAGGGUGCAGCCGGAGAGAAAAACAUGCACGAUGCUGAGUUUACCUGCGUUCUAUUCAGAUUUAUUCAAUUGACUUGCGAAGGCCAUAAUCUAGAGUGGCAAAAUUACUUGAGAACUCAGGCUGGUAAUACGACCACAGUGAACGUAGUAAUUUGCACUGUCGAUUAUCUGCUACGCUUGCAGGAAUCCAUCAUGGAUUUUUACUGGCAUUACUCUAGCAAAGAGAUUAUAGAUCCCGCUGGUAAAGCGAACUUUUUGAAAGCGAUUGGUGUGGCCAGCCAAGUGUUCAACACGCUAAGUGAAGUGAUUCAGGGUCCGUGCACGCUAAAUCAACAAGCCCUAGCUCAUUCCAGAUUGUGGGAUGCAGUUGGUGGUUUCCUCUUCCUGUUUGCAAACAUGCAAGACAAAUUGUCGAAGCAUUCAAGUCAGCUUGACCUGCUUAAGGAGUUGCUCAAUCUCCAAAAAGACAUGGUGAUUAUGAUGCUCUCAAUGCUUGAAGGAAAUGUCGUCAACGGAACGAUCGGUAAACAAAUGGUGGACACGCUUGUGGAAUCAGCCUCGAACGUUGAGCUCAUCCUAAAAUACUUCGAUAUGUUCCUCAAGCUGAAAGAUUUGACGGGUUCGGCUGCUUUCCAGGAAUCAGAAACCACUAAAGACGGUUGGAUCACUCCCAAAGAGUUUAGGGAGAAAAUGGAGGCUUUUAAGAGCUAUUCGGUAGAAGAAAUGGAUUUUAUGCUGUCAUGUUGCGAUACUAAUCAUGACGGGAAAAUCGACUACAUCGAAUUCACCGAAAGAUUUCAUAACCCGGCAAAGGAGAUUGGGUUUAAUCUCGCAGUUCUUUUGACUAAUCUUUCUGAGCACAUGCCAAGCGAUCCUCGUCUGCAGCGUUUCCUGGAAACAGCGGGCAGCGUUCUAAAUUAUUUCGAGUCUUUCUUGGGACGCAUAGAAAUUAUGGGCAGUAGCAAAACGAUGGAACGAGUGUAUUUCGAAAUCAACGAGUCGAACAUUGAGCAAUGGGAAAAACCGCAAAUUAAGGAGUCAAAACGCGCCUUCUUCUACUCUAUUGUAACCGAGGGAGAUAAGGAAAAGUUGGAGGCUUUUGUCAACUUCUGCGAGGAUGCCAUUUUUGAAAUGCAACACGCCAGCGGACUUAUGGCCUCUGAUGAAGAAGGAGGACAUUCGCAAGCUCGCCAGGCUGCGUACAAAUUGCCAACCGAUGAAGAAGAACAGGGGCCAAUGGAUAUCGUGCGCCAGAAACUGAAGGGAUUCAAAGAUACAAUUGUUUUCGGGCUAUCGAAGCUAUCACCCUCCAAUAUUCGAAAACAGAUGCGCGAACUUAAACACAAAACUUACCCCGAGCUCUUUGUUGGUUUCUUCAAGCUUAUCUUUUGGAUGUUCUACUACACUGGCUAUUCUGGCGUUUAUGUGAUCAAACAUUUCUUCCGCAUACUACUGUCGUUGAUGCGUGGUCCCCAACCCGAGAAAUUGCCUGAAAAACCAGCCACUGAGGAAACGACAAUGCUUAUUCUUCGACCUCCUCCUGCACCAGCUAUAUUACCACCAGAUACUAAUCCGGAAAUUCCACUUGUCACUACGGUGGCAUUGGUGGGUGCGGUACCGGACGGUGUAGCUAAAGACCAAACUACUGACGGAGCCACCGCACCCGUAGGAUCUACUGAUCCUUCUCAACCGGAUGCAACCGGGACGGUUCCAGUUGGUGGAGAAGCUCAACCAGCUCCUGCUGGUGCCACGCCGGCAAGCCUUUUUGUUGGCACGCUCAUUGAUCCAGUAGAAGAAGCUGCUAAAGCGGCUGCGGCUGCUGAAGUACAGGCGCAACAAGAGGCUACCAUGGCUGCUCUUGAUGAAGCUAAGGCCAGCUCAGCCGCUCAUGUCGCAGCAUCUCCUGUUGGACAGGUGAAUAUCGGCGAAUACGUUAGAAAAGCCAUCUGUUUCCUAGCUCGUAAUUUCUACACGCUUAAAUACGUGGCCUUGGUAUUGGCUUUCUGCAUUAACUUCGUGCUGCUUUUCUACAAGGCUUCAAACAUUAUAGAAGCAAAUGCCGAUGAUGAGGCAGCUGGAGAUGCAGCUCCUGAUGCUAGAAGUGCAGGAGGAUUGGCAGACUUAGCGGAAAGUAUAGCAGACGCUGUAGAAAAUGCCACAACUGAGAUCUUUAACGCCACACAGAAUAUCGUGGAAGCUAUAAUGGAGGGUGGUGAAGAAGGAGAAGGCGGUGAAGGUGAUGACGGUGAUGGUGACGAUGAAGAAGCCGAGGAAUACAUCCAUGUGGAUGAAAGGUUCUCUUAUCUCGCGAGCGUGCUUCGAGGAAUGGCUGUGUUGCACUCAGUGAUAUCACUCUUUAUGCUAAUUGCCUACUAUCACCUUAAAGUUCCUUUGGCCAUCUUUAAACGCGAAAAAGAGAUUGCACGUCGCUUGGAGUUUGACGGCUUGUACAUAGCUGAACAACCCGAAGAGAACGACAUGCGAGCAUACUGGGACAAAUUGGUGAUUUCGGCAAAAUCCUUUCCUGUUAAUUACUGGGACAAGUUUGUAAAGAAGAAAGUCCGCCAAAAGUAUAGUGAAACCUACGAUUUUGAUGCCAUUAGCAACCUCUUGGGCAUGGAGAAAAGCUCUCUAUCGCAAGAGGAGGAACCACCUUCCGGAUUUGUAAAUUCGCUUUUGAGCGUUGAUUGGCGUUAUCAAGUGUGGAAAGCUGGAGUGACCAUUACCGACAACUCCUUCUUGUACUCGUUGUGGUACUUUAGCUUUUCUAUCCUAGGCAACUACAAUUACUUCUUCUUUGCUGCACAUUUGCUGGAUGUGGCCGUCGCUAUUGCCUCGUUGAGAACCAUCUUGCAGUCAGUCACUCACAAUGGCAAGCAACUGUUGUUGACUGUUAUGUUGUUAACCAUUAUCGUCUACCUUUACACGGUCAUUGCCUUCAAUUUCUUCCGCAAGUUUUACGUCCAAGAAGAGGACGAUAAUGUGGACAAGAAAUGUCACGACAUGUUGACGUGCUUCGUCUUCCAUAUUUAUAAGGGUGUCAGAGCCGGUGGAGGUAUUGGUGAUGAAAUUGAGUCACCAGAUGGUGACGAGUACGAAGUUUAUCGUAUUAUGUUCGAUAUCACCUUCUUCUUUUUCAUUAUUGUCAUUUUGCUGGCCAUCAUCCAGGGUUUGAUUAUCGAUGCUUUCGGAGAAUUGCGUGAUCAGUUGGCCAGCGUCUCAGAAAAUCUCGAGUCCGAGUGUUUCAUUUGUGGUAUAGGAAAGGAUUACUUUGAUUCUGUUCCGCAUGGGUUCGAUACACACGUACAAAAGGAGCAUAACUUGGCAAAUUAUCUGUUCUUUUUGAUGCAUCUGAUUAACAAACCAGACACGGAAUAUACUGGUCAAGAGACCUAUGUAUGGAACAUGUACCAGCAACGUUGUUGGGACUUCUUCCCUGUCGGAGAUUGCUUCCGCAAACAGUAUGAAGCGGAAUUGGGUGGAGGAGAGAGCGAGAAGAAAGGAUAAAUACUUGCCCCGUAAUUCUUUACCCAUUUGAACACGACUUGUGCAUUAUUACCCUGCUUUGGUAUUUUUGGAAGAGUAAGAGAGUUCUGGGGACAGCAGUCACCACACACGAUAGUUAAGGUGUUAAAGUUCCUCUUCUAAUCAGUACUGUGUUACUUUUAAUUUUAUCCAUUUCGAGGGUGUGUUAGGCGAAGGCAGGAAGAGGUGCGUAUCUGUUUCACGAGUUUUAUGUGUAGUCCCUUUCUGAAUUUUACACUUACAAACACAAUUUAACAUUUGUUUUUUCCUCUAUUUCUAAAGGAACAUGACCCUUCCCCACUACGGUCUCUUGUCACUUGCAAAAAUACAUCCUCUCUCUCUA